AAAAGGAGAUUUAUAUUGGCUGCCCUGAUAACUCUGACCAUCGGAGGCGUCCAUUCCGUCCCUGGCCUCAAAUCGAAAACGUUCCCGCUUUUCUUCAUAUGAUUGCGGAGUAUCGCGUUAUUUUGUGUGCAUUAUUUUGCUGUAUCGCGACGUGUCACGACAAAAGACAUGAGUAAAGUAAAUCGGAAACAAUCAUUUUCAACAACUUCAGCGGCAAAGAAGCCCAAAUUUAGAGAUGAAGAUGAGGAGAAACCGAGUUCAUUUGAGUCAGAGCUGGCUACGAUGGAUCUUGCUGAUGAUGAUUUUCCAGAUGAGACACUGCUAAUUGGAGAAGGACCUGAACAGGAAAACACAUCUGCGAAAUGGAGCAGAGCUCCUCCGCCACCUUUGAAUCCACAAGUUGAUAAAUUAGCAUUCCAGCAAAUUGAAAUUGAUCAUUAUAUAGGUAAAUCUCUUCCUGGAAUGCCAGGUAGUAAAAUAGGACCCGUACCGAUAAUGAGAAUGUAUGGAGUUACGGAACAAGGAAAUUCUGUCUGUUGUCAUGUCCAUGGCUUUUGCCCAUAUUUGUUCGUAUCAGCGCCAUCGAAUUUCACAAAUAAUCAUUGCAGGCCAUUUAAAGAGGCUCUCAAUCAAGUUGUGAAGAAGGAUAUGAAAUCAAAUCCUGAUAACGUACAAGAUGCCAUUUUAGCAGUCGAAUUGGUCUACAAACAAUCAAUGUAUGGAUAUGGAGGAAGUGAUAAACUGCCAUUUUUGAAAAUUACGGUAGCAGUUCCAAAAUUAAUAGCACCUUGCAAGAGGUUAUUAGAACAAGAUACAGUUUAUACUGCAUUCAAUCAUCAUUAUAGAGCAUUUGAAAGCAACAUUGAUUUUGACAUCAGGUUCAUGGUUGACACAUCAGUGGUUGGAUGUUGUUGGAUUGAAUUACCAUCAGGAAGCUGGAAAUUACGUGGUCAGCAUGGACAUAUGUUAGAACUGACUACACGUUGCCAAUUGGAAGUGGACGUUGCAUGGGAUGCAUUUAUAGCUCAUGCACCGGAAGGAGAAUGGUCAAAAUUAGCUCCAUUUAGAAUUCUUAGUUUCGAUAUUGAAUGCGCUGGACGUGAAGGUAUCUUUCCGGAAGCAAAACAUGAUCCUGUGAUACAAAUUGCCAACAUGGUCAUAAGACAGGGCGAACCUGAGCCAUUUUUGAGAAAUAUUUUCACUCUCGAUACUUGCGCACCUAUUGUUGGUUGUCAAGUUUUGAGUUUUGACAAAGAAAGUUUAAUGUUAGAGAAAUGGGCUGAUUUUGUACGACAAUUAGAUCCUGACAUUUUCACAGGAUAUAAUAUAAAUAAUUUUGAUUUCCCAUAUUUAAUUAAUCGUGCUCAACAUCUCAAUGUUAAGAAUUUUAACUUUCUCGGACGGAUAAAAAAUAUAAAGUCUGUAAUUAAGGAUCAUGUACUACAAAGUAAACAGCUGGGCCGUCGCGAGAACAAAUCGAUUAAUUUUGAAGGAAGAGUUCCAUUCGAUUUAUUGCUGGUAUUAGUCCGAGAUUACAAGCUGAGGUCUUACACUCUGAACGCUGUAUCAUACCAUUUCCUUCAAGAACAGAAAGAAGAUGUUCAACAUAAGGAUAUUACAGGAUUACAAAAUGGAAAUGCACAGACACGUCGACGUCUCGCUGUAUACUGUUUGAAGGAUGCAUACUUACCACUCAGAUUAUUAGACAAACUAAUGUGUAUUAUUAUAUAUAUGGAAAUGGCAAGAGUCACAGGAGUAUCCAUUUCUAGCUUAUUAACUCGCGGUCAACAAAUUAAGGUUGUUUCUCAACUUCUACGUAAGACCAAAGAAAAAGAUUAUUUGAUGCCAGUGCAUCAAGGCCACGGUACCGAUGAGCAAUUUGAAGGAGCGACCGUUAUAGAACCUAAGCGUGGCUACUACAAUGAUCCAAUAGCUACCUUGGAUUUCAGUUCCUUGUAUCCUAGCAUUAUUAUGGCGCACAACUUAUGUUACACAACAUUAUUAACCAUUGCUAAGAAAAAGGAGCUCAAUAUUCAGGAUGACCAAAUUACCACAACCCCUAGUAAUUCAUUAUUCAUUAAGAGUACCAUGAGGAAAGGAAUCCUUCCAGAAAUUUUGGAAAAUCUAUUGACGGCUAGGAAAAAAGCAAAGGCGGAGUUGAAGCAAGAAACAGAUCCAUUGAAGCAAAAAGUGCUCGAUGGAAGACAAUACGCUUUGAAAGUGUCAGCAAACUCCGUGUAUGGUUUCACGGGUGCACAAAUGGGAAAAUUACCAUGCUUGGAAAUAUCUGCUAGCGUUACUGCUUAUGGGCGCACUAUGAUAGAAAAGACAAAGAAAGAAGUGGAAGAUCACUUUCGAAUAGAAAAUGGGUACAAAAAUGACGCGAUAGUCAUAUACGGCGAUACUGACUCCGUGAUGGUAAAGUUUGGUGUGAAAUCUAUAGAAGAAGCAAUGACACUUGGCAAAGAGGCAGCCGAUUACGUAACAUCUAAAUUCAUCAAGCCUAUAAAACUGGAGUUCGAGAAAGUAUAUUUUCCAUAUCUCUUAAUUAAUAAGAAACGUUACGCCGGCUUGUAUUUUACAAAACCCGAUAAGUAUGACAAAAUGGAUUGCAAAGGUCUUGAAACAGUGCGCAGAGAUAACUGUCCAUUGGUAGCGAAUAUGAUGAAUACUUGUUUGCAAAUAUUGCUCAUCGAAAGAAAUCCACAUUCUGCCGUGGAUUAUGCCAAGCAGGUCAUUAGCGAUCUUUUGUGUAACCGUAUCGAUCUAUCACAAUUAGUCAUCACGAAGGAACUGACGAAAACUGAUUACGCUGCGAAACAGGCGCACGUUGAGCUGGCGGCGAAGAUGAAAAAACGAGAUGCCGGAAACGCGCCGAAACUUGGUGAUCGAGUGGCGUACGUGUUCACAAGCGCAGCUAAAGGCACACCGGCAUAUCAAAAGGCGGAAGAUCCCGUGUACGCACUACAAAAUAGUAUUCCGAUAGAUACGACUUAUUAUCUAGAGAAUCAAUUGGCAAAACCUCUUGUACGUAUCUUUGAACCUAUCCUUGGUGAAAAGGCUGAGUCGCUUCUCCUGAAAGGAGAUCACACACGCACGAGAUGCAUUGCUACCUCGCAAGUUGGAGCACUGGCAGCUUUCACACGUAAAAAGGAGACUUGUUUGGGCUGUAAAGCCGUUUUACCACUAGACAGGGAAGACAAGGCAGUAUGCAAGCAUUGCGAACCAAAAGAAGCUGAGCUAUUCCACAGUGAGUUACAAGAUCAGCACAAACUGGAAGAGAAGUUUUCAAGAUUAUGGGCGGAAUGUCAAAGAUGUCAAGGGAGUCUUCAUCAAGAAGUUAUAUGCUCUAACCGGGACUGCCCAAUAUUUUACAUGAGGGUGAAAUCUCGAAUAGAUAUGGCUGCAAAAAUUAAACGAAUCAAAAGAUUUGGUGUGCCAGAAUGGUAGUAAAAAAA